CGUAAUCGCCAUAAUGGGUGAUUGAUCCGUUCGUCUAAAAUCUGGCUCUGUCUGCCUGCACCUGAAGAGGAGGAGACCCACACAUCGUCGUCACACACCAUUAGAGUCAUUUAUCCACAAUUCAGUGCAGUCGUGAAAAGCAAAAGGAAUGUCGAUGGAUGAAUGACUGACGACGAAGUAGGAAGUAGGAAAGAAAAAAAGAAGUCGGGGCGAUAUAAUAUUUCCAUUGGAGAAGAAGAAGAUGAUAAGUUUAUAUGCUCACAAAAAGUGGCUGCGUCCCACGAGGAGCAGAAUUUUUAUUUGAGUGGAAAUUGCAGGGGAAAAAAUGUGGCGUGGUGGCCUUUUCACUGCCAAACGUACGUACGUAGUAAGUAUUUACUCGCAGAAGAAGGAGAGCAGUAUGAGUGUAGGAAGAAAAGAGUUUUUUUUCUCAUCUUGUGUCAUUAUAUCAUGAUGCCGGUGGGGGUAAUAAUAAAUGCUUUCUGAUCAGACAUCUCUUUCACUCAAUUUAUUAUAUCAUCAUCGUGCUCAAUUGAGACGCAAAGAAAGAGAAAUUGGAACGAAUUAUGCUCUGUCUUGGAUCAUCAUCUUUCUUCAAAUCUACUCCCCUUAUGCUGGCCGUACGGAGUAUGAGCCAAAUACCUGAGGUCUAGCUCAACAGGCAGACUUGACUGGGUGAAAGGAAGGUCUAACUAGUUUGCUUUCACCAACCACUACUGACGGUUCCCUAAUUCUCUCUUUCUUCCAGAUGCUGCAGAGUGGAGUGGAGUUGCAGCUCUAAAUGGGCGAGAGAACAUGGAAAAAGCCGUAUUAUGAGAAAGUCACAAGACUUUUAUUCACGGGGAAGUCAUUAAUCGCGAAAGAGUAGUAAGUAAGAAAUGCAUGCGGUAGUGGUUGCAUGGUUGCAUGCAUGGAAAGUAAUCAGUAAACUCCAUCAGGAGUGCAUUAUGUAUUUGGUGUUUUUUUAUUUAUUUACGGGUCGGUGUUAUAUUGUGCGUGGUAGGAUUUCCAUAAAUCGAGACAGUAGACUCGGAAGACGCCUGCCUGCCUUAUGGUGUAUGUACACACACUUGACUUCCCUGGUCAAUCAAUUGAGACGUGUGGGUGGGUGGAUGGAUUUAUUUUCUAUCCGAAGUAGGUAGUCACGGAUGAUUUAUGAAUUUAUUUAAGACUCAACCAACUAACUUGUGAAGGUCAAGAACCGAUGCUUGAUUGAUGAGUGAUUUGAGCAGACAGGAUAAAAGACGAGAUGAUGAUGAUGAUGAUGACCAUUACGUAUUCUUCUCCUGCCCAGUCCUUGACGUCUCUUUCCUCCUCUUUAGAAGAAUCAGUGGUGGUGGUGGUCGUGGUGGUAGAAGCGAUAAUAAUUAUGUCUCGAUGCACUUAUUCUGAUGAACGUGAUAAUCUCAGACGUUUAAUGGUUGGGUUGGUUAGUGUGUGGAUUGGACCUAGCUAAUGCUUGUCAAAUUGUGUGGUAUGCUGCAUUUUGGUGCGAUAUGAACUCUUAAUUCGCCUCCUGAGAGUAUAGAUAGAUGGAUAAAAAGAUGGGAUAUACACAUUGAUUGGAUAUAUAUUAUUGGGUGCAUUGAUUCUCAUGAUCGUUGCUGAAUUGUGUACGGGAUGGUGUGCAGAAGGAGGAAUUCCGUCGUGGUCCAAGUUAAUAGUGGAAGGAAGAACAAGAUCAUCAAUUCAUGUGACACGAUUAUGCGAUAUGAUAGCCUGCAUGCAAAAACAGUGUACUCACACACACUCAAAUCUCACUCAAAUCUGUGUAAUGUGAAGCAUAAUAAUGUGUGCAUGCAUAUUUGCGAAUGUAUCGAGAAGGAAUUGAUGAAUCGCAUUGAAAUCUCAUCUCGCCCACAAUUGUCCAUUUGGAUCCUACGCUGUCGUAAAAUGAGAUUUCGUGUCUCAUAUAAGAAGCCGAAUGUCCCCAACAGUUGCUCUCAGUACGCUGAGUUUGGUGAGCAGUUGUGGCUGUUGUUUUGUGUCCUUGUUCUUCUUCUUAGAGAAAAAUGUCGCACCAGGCCGCGUGCCUCUUGGGUUUUUGGGUGGUGGUCAGUUUACUGUCCGCCCUGCCGCAAGGACAUCUCCAAUGUGGUCCGGACUCUUUGGUCCUUUAUCAUUUGAUCAUGAAAGCGCACUGGAGCCAAGAAACCUUUCCACGCCACUUUCCCGGACGGCUGGCAGGAUACCGGCCCAGUGCCCAGUGGUCUCGGCUGAUCGGAAGAACGCACAACUCAUCCUACGCGUUGUAUCGGGUUGGCGAAAUGGCUUCUGCAGGUCUCAAGAAAUUUGCGGAAACGUCGUCCUCCGACAGUUUGGAUGAGAUGGAUAGCACCGGCGUGUUCGAUGCUUUCAAUGCGCCACCAAUCGCGUCGGGUGAGGGUCAAACGCAGAGUCAAUUCUUCCUGGAUGGGAACCAUUCGCAGGUCUCUCUGAUCUCUCGAAUCGUCCCGUCACCCGACUGGUUUUGUGGAGUGGAUGGGGUUGAUCUCUGUCUCAAUGGGGAAUGGGUUGACUCUCUCACGUUUGAUGUGGAUCCUAUUGAUGCUGGGACGGACAAUGGGUACACUUUCAGUGCGCCAAAUUGGGCGACCAUGCCCCCUGAAGCGAUUUACCCCAUCAACUCCGUCAAACUGCAUCCAGCCCACUCUUUCUACCGGGAUGACCGCUCCGAGAAACCGAAACCCUUUGCGACCAUCACCCUCCUAAAACUGAAAGAAUACUCGCUCUCGUCACUCCGUGCCAGCAACCCGGACAACAUCCCAACCUCGUUCCACCACCACAAGCAUAACCUGAACCACCACCACGUCCACCUUUUCGACGAACUGGACCAAGCCGACAUUGCGAACGAGCUGAUGGAAUUUGGUGACUUUCGAGACGAACAAAACAUGACGCCUCGAGCGGCCAAGAGAAAGCGAUCCCGUCGAAUGAGAGGGAGUCGGUCUGCCCGUGACUGUGCUGUCAGUGAGUGGUCCGAAUGGUCCGAGUGCAGCGCCCUUUGUGGUUUUGGGGAACAGCGACGAAAUCGCUAUAUUACCAAUCAUCCCCGCGGAGGUCAGACUUGCCCGUCGCUGUCAGAGACAAGACUGUGCAACUCGGCGAGGGAGUGUCGCGACAACUAUUUUGACUGGUAAACCGAGAGCUUGGCGAUGAUCAUGACGACGUCUCCUCCUAAAUAUACGUAUAACCAACCAACCACUCACUGAUCUCGGAGUUAGAGUCACAAUAACUUCGGAGCAACUGAAGACUAUUUUAUUGUAUUAAUAGAAAUUAUCAUUGUCGGCGAGAGAGGAGAGGAGGGAGAGAAAAAGUCCUGUCCGAUCUGUCCUUCACAGAUAUUAUUAGUUUACUAUUAUUUCUUGUCCGACGACGAGGACGACGACGAGGACGAUGAGAGGAUAAAAGUUGAGAGGCAGAGAGAGAGUGCUUCGGAAAGGAAGGAAAUCAUCGGAACAAUUUUUGUGGUUUGGUUUUGGUUUCGGUUUCAUUGUUCUGAACUCAACUUUCUUUUCUUUUCUUCCUCCUCCUCAUCCUCCAGUUGUUGUUGUUAGUUUAUCCUCCAGAAGAAUUUUCUCUCUGUUGUCUUUGCCAUCAAUUCAGCCAGAAAACCGUUGCAAAGUCAAAAGUGAAGAAUCUACAUUCUUCUUCUUCUCUUAUUAUUAUUAUUAUUAUGCUUGCGCUUAUCCAGCCAAACUUUAAUGAUAAUAAUGAUGAUGCCACAUUAUUGUAUCGAACAUACUUAUAUAACCACGUAUGCAUGCAUACUACAUAUUUAUUGCGGGGGUAACGAGAGCGUGUAUGUAUAUCACGGAAUAAAAACGUCUAUAUAAAUAUGAAAAUUCCCAA